AUGAACGGCGAACAACUGCAAGAUUUCCUCACGGAUCUUUCAAGAACGACAAUUCGCCCUGGUGGACGAGACGAUGUUGAAGUCACAAGGAAGUUCCUGGCCAAAUGGGCAAACAACACAAUGUUGUUAGCUAACUAUAUCACAGUGAACUAUAGGGAUGUGGACUUAGUACAGCCGUUAUUUGCACAAAUACUCGCUCUUUACUAUAAAGGAGGUAUUCUCAGGCAGUACGCGUUGCAGUUCAUACCGUCUUUUAUCGGCACGUAUCUUUAUGCCCUGUCUAAGAAACAACAAAAGAGUGUCGCCGUAUUUGAAAUCUUCUUUCUUGCUGUGUACAAUGAAGAGAUAUUAGACGGCGGUCCACAGUCGGAGAACAUGACGAAAAAGCACUGGUCCAUCGAAGAGAGAGAGAGAGCUUACGAAGUUCUGCGCAAAAGUAUUCUCAGGCAAUACGCGUUGCAGUUCAUACCGUCUUUUAUCGGCACGUAUCUUUAUGCCCUGUCUAAGAAACAACAAAAGAGUGUCGCCGUAUUUGAAAUCUUCUUUCUUGCUGUGUACAAUGAAGAGAUAUUAGACGGCGGUCCACAGUCGGAGAACAUGACGAAAAAGGUCGAUGAGAUCCGCAUCCCGUCGAUUCGCUAUCCAAGCAUCUAUCAUGAUCCUACUAAAAUCAGUGGAUUACCAGAGGUCACGAUAAUGAAACCGGGAAACGUACCAUCGGUUCUGACCACAGUACGUGUCGGCCCUUACCCUACCAUUGAAGAAUUCAAUUCCGAAUCGAAAUUUCUUAUAUUGUCGCGGAUUAUGAAGUCGGUCAAUGGAAGUUUGGUUUACCUUUCUUCGGACGUUGUAUCAAGGCAUGUCUGUCUGGCUACAUUGUCCAUAUGUGAGAGUGGUUUUACAUUUCCCGAAACGAACUUCGUUAGUAAAGUGAUGGAGUCAGAUAAUUCAUGCGAAGUCGUGGAAGACCAUUCAAAAAAACCCCGUCAGCAUGUAAAUAGUGCAUUGCUACUGGAGCUGCUCACUGGUGUGUACAUGGCAUUAUUCAAUGGAGCACCUGAUUUGGCGCUACGUGCAAUUGACGCCAUGCAUCAACGUGCUCAAUAUGAGAUUCUCGCCGAAGUCAUACUGCUGCUCACUGGUGUGUACAUGGCAUUAUUCAAUGGAGCACCUGAUUUGGCGCUACGUGCAAUUGACGCCAUGCAUCAACGUGCUCAAUAUGAGAUUCUCGCCGAAGUCAUACUGGUAACCAGCGCUAUUCGGAAUUCUCUCCUUGAAAAUCCACUCUCAAAGGAAAAGCGUGACGAGCUGAUGUUCGGUAGAACACAUAAUCCUUCUAAUGCUUUUGCAGGAAUGGACAAUUUGAAGCGUAAAGUAAGCGCCCUAGGCUUGCAUCACAAAAUUCAGCGGCGUCGGAAGAAUUCUAUAGAUCCGGAAGAUGUUGAGCUGCAGACAAUACGUGAAGAAAAAUUCAGUGACGGAGACGCUAAUCUACGACUAGAUGAGAUCUCCGAAUCGCCACAUUUUUCAAAUAGAGUGGUGGUGGAGGUGCCCUUCAACAUGGAAAGCAAUGGUAAAGAUGAUCACCACGCGAAGCACCACAGGCAUAUCAACGACGAAGAAAAGAAAGAAGAUCGAUGUCGAAAUGGGACAACUGAGAAAGAAAAGGACCACCUGGAUUCACCAAUUGUAGAGAGGCCAGAACAGCUCUGUGGAGAGCAACGUUUUUCGUCGUCCGAUGACUCGGGUACGUAUACGGUUGGCGGAUUACGGCAUAUGGAUAGUGGGAGCAGUACACAGAGAAGUUUCGAUUAUUAA